AUGAAGUUCAGCCUUUUCUCCCUCGCUGCUCUGGCCGCUUCGGCCAUGGCUGCUCCUGCUGCUCAGGUUGCUGCUCGCCAGGUCCCAUCUGUCCCAGUUGCCAACGGUGCUGUCAGCCAGGUUGAGAGCAUCGCUACCUCCCAGACCGUCACCAAGACAGUUACCAAGAAGAUCACUGCUGUCAGCGUUUCCAACACUGGCGGUGUUGUCAAGGUUCUCACCAUUGCUGUUGACCAGGUCAAGAGCCAGACCACCACCAUCAAGGAGGUCAUCACCAAGGUCAAGUCCAACGCCAUCUCCAAGACUGCCGCCAUCAAGGUCGUUACUGCCGAAGUCCACUCCCUCAACGAGCUCCUCACCGCCGUUGUCAACCAGCUCAAGGAUGUCGUCAGCAUCAAGAUCAACAUCCCCGACGUCAAGGUCAUUCUCGGCCUCGUUAUCCAGCUUCUUAACGAGCUUGUCGGUGUCGCCAAGGAGGUUCUGGGCAUGUUUGGCCUCGACAACGUUAUUGGCAGCGCUUUCGAGCUCCUCUUCCAGACCGUCGCCACUCUCCUCGGCCUCGUCACCCAGCUCAUCGGCGACAUCGUUCCCGGUCUCGUCGACAUCCUCUCCAACAUCCUCAACACCCUUUCGGGCACUCCUCUUGGACCCAUCAUCCAGCCCGUCUCCAACAUCUUCGAUGGCCUCACUGGCUACCUCACCCAGGGCACUGCUUAA